CCUUCAAUCGCGCCAUCACGAACUCCCGCCCGCCCGCAUAGAGCUCCAAUCUGCUCCUCCCCGAUCCCUCUACAGUCCUGCGCUUCUGCUCCGCCGUCCCGUCUCUGAAUAUGUCCCUUGUGCAAUGCUGAUUCCGCCGCUUGCCCGCGCCGCCUGUCGGCCGGGCCUCCCACGGUUGCGCCCUCAGCGGCUGCCCUCGUCCCUCACACGAGUCUUUGUGACCGGUUCCGUCCACCGAAAAGAUGCCCACGGUCAGCGGGCGCCCUCUGCUGCGUCCAAGGUGCCUGCGAAACCCGACGCGCUGCUUUCUGAGCAGGUCGUGUCGACCCAACAGCAGCGCAAGGCGGAUUGGGCCAUCAUGAAGGAAAUGUCACGAUAUCUCUGGCCCAAGGACAAUCUGGGCACCAGGGUCCGAGUAGGGCUGUCUGUAGGGCUGCUUGUUGGAGCCAAGCUGCUCAAUGUGCAGAUUCCCUUCUAUUUCAAGAGCAUCGUCGAUUCCAUGAACAUUGAUUUCUUGGCCGUUGGAGGCACGGCGUGGACAGUGGCAGGUUCCAUGGUGAUUGCCUAUGGUGUUUCACGCAUGGGUGCUACCUUGUUCCAGGAACUUCGUAAUGCCGUCUUCGCCAGCGUUGCUCAAAAGGCCAUCAGGAGAGUUGCCUGCAGCGUUUAUGGUCAUUUGUUGCAAUUGGACCUGAGCUUUCACCUGUCCCGCCAAACUGGAGGCUUGACUCGGGCGCUAGACCGAGGAACCAAAGGCAUUAGUUUCCUCCUUACGUCCAUGGUUUUCCACAUACUCCCAACCGCCUUAGAGAUAUCGUUGGUCUGCGGUAUAUUGACAUACCAGUAUGGUGCACAAUUUGCCUUGAUCACAGCGGCUACCAUGACGGCCUACGCCGCCUUCACGAUUCUGACGACGUCGUGGCGCACCAAAUUCCGCAAACAGGCCAAUGCCGCGGAUAACAAGGCUGCGACCACUGCAGUAGACUCGCUCAUCAACUAUGAGGCUGUCAAGUAUUUCAACAACGAGAAGUAUGAGAUUGCUAGAUACGACAAGUGCCUCCAAGCGUACGAAAAAGCAUCCAUCAAGGUUGCAACAUCCCUGGCAUUCCUGAACACUGGGCAGAACAUCAUCUUCUCCAGCGCUCUGACAGCCAUGAUGUACCUGGCAGCGAAUGGCGUCGCAACCGCGCAGCUCACUGUCGGAGAUCUUGUCAUGGUCAAUCAGCUCGUCUUCCAGCUGUCGGUACCCCUCAACUUCCUUGGAUCCGUAUAUCGAGAGCUUCGCCAGAGUUUGCUCGACAUGGAAACCUUGUUCAAUCUCCAAAAAGUCAACGUCGGCGUCAAGGAGAAGCCAAACGCGCCACCACUCAAGCUUUCUGCCGGUGAGAUCAAGUUUGAAAAUGUCACUUUUGGCUACAGGCCCGAUCGCCCAAUCCUCAGAAACCUAUCCUUGACGAUCCCUGCCGGAAAGAAGGUGGCUAUAGUAGGGCCCAGUGGAUGCGGGAAAUCCACCAUUUUGCGACUCCUUUUCCGCUCAUACGAUGUACAGGAAGGAAGGAUUUUGAUCGACGGCCAGGACCUGCGAGACGUCACCAAGGACAGCUUGCGAAAAGCCAUCGGCGUUGUGCCACAGGAUACGCCCCUCUUCAAUAACACCAUUGAACACAACAUUCACUACGGAAAUCUGGAAGCAACCAGGGAACAGAUUGUGGAGGCUGCCAAACGAGCACACAUCCACGAGACUAUCCAACAUUUCCCAGAUGGGUACCAAACCAUGGUUGGGGAGCGCGGCAUGAUGAUUUCAGGAGGAGAGAAGCAGCGCCUGGCGGUAUCUCGUCUCAUCCUCAAAGACCCGCCACUUCUCUUCUUCGAUGAAGCAACCUCUGCAUUAGAUACCCACACCGAGCAGGCAUUGCUAUCGCACAUCAACAGCAUCCUGAAGGAGAAGAAACGCACUUCCGUCUUCGUGGCCCACCGUCUCCGGACCAUCUACGACUGCGAUCUAAUCAUCGUGUUGAAGGGCGGCCAGGUCGUGGAGAGUGGCACGCACGAGCAGCUUGUAGACAAGGCUGGCGUUUACUCGGAGCUCUGGAGUGCUCAGGAGACUCUCUUCGCUGAUAGCGGGGAGGAGGCGAAACCGCCAAGACAGAAGCUUGACGACCCCCAGAAGGUGCUAAGAUAACGUCGCGGACCAUGAGAUAUGGACCCACAGUGCAGGCUAUUUGAGUCUGUAUUUGUUGUUUUUGAGCCCUGGAAUAGCUUGAUUGGCUUCUGGUGAUCUCCGCAAGUAAUACCCCAGCCUAAAAUCAACGGCCAUAUACGUACGUCUUCACCAUUCUCCACUAAUAUGAAAACAAUAUACCCGGAUGAAGGGCUCCUGAUUAUCCUAUGGCGGCUACGAGGGCGUGGCUGAGAUAGAAAACAGAUGUCUCACCAGAUAUUGACCCAACAUCAGCAGCGCCGAUUGAGGCGGAUUAGAGGACUCGUGCAGUACGUCGUAGAGCACAAACGACCGAAAAGGAUAUCAAGCUAAAUAUUUCCGUACCAACUCAGGUGGCUACUAUAUAAUAUAGAAGUGCA